UCAUGUGUCGCAUAUAUCUGCGGUACGCCAAUAGUCAUAUUUACUUAUUAUCUAUGAUGCAGUCUUCCGGAGCCAGGAAAGCGAUAUGCUCCGAGUUCGUCAAGUUUGGUAUUUAUAUCAAAUUAUGGCAGCUCGGCGUGCUCACAUCUUCAACACGUGAUCCACCACAACUCACCUCGGACGACAUAUCUCAGGCAAUACAAAGGCUUCCUGACGAAUACCAAGAGAUAGCUCCUAGCCUGGACCUCACUGUCGACACCAGCCACCUGGGACGAUAUGAGGUCAUCAUGGCAGAUUUCUUGGCGGAGAUAAACCGAGAUGAAGUGACCAAGAAGCUGUGGUACGUAGACUCCUAUGUGGACGAGGAGCAAGUUCGUUUGGCAGGUCAGCGACCCGACGGCUCCGAGCCCAGUGCGUCUCUCCAUGGCUCAACCGCCACCACCUCGUCGUCCCCAUCCACCACCGCUGUCGCACCGGAGAUGGUUUCGGCAACUACUCCAGAGGGCAUCACCGUCUCUUCUUUUAGUAACGGCGGUACGCCACCCGAUGCAGCUGAUGGCACCUCGUUGCCAGUCGAAUCUCCUGGCGGUGGACUUGUCGGUCGCCCUGCGACCUCACACAUGGCAGCUUCUGGCAUUCACACCAGGCCAGCACCUGCACUCGCGGAUGGCCAAGUGCCCUCUGCGUUCCCACCACCCACUCCAAGCUCUGCCGACGAAGAGCCCACGGCACUUGGCGCGGGGGCCUCGGGAGAAGGUAAAAAGAGGGCUAAGACUUAUUAACGAUGUACAAUUCAUAUCGUCCGCACUCUUCCGUCUUUCUGUUGCUAUUGUCUGUUAUGGUCAUAUAGGACGAUGUGUUGGAUACUCCAGAUACUCUCGGACUAGGGUCUAGUACAAUCUAUAUUAUAUGGAUGAUAUGCGAAAUGAAUGGGG